AUGGCACGGCAGUCCGGAUCUCUGGAGAUCAUGCGGAGCGCUCUCUUCUGGCUAGCGUUUGGAGCGUUCUUGUGCACAUUGGCUCAGGAAGAUCAAACUCAUGAAGCAAGCAGGAGCGAUAGCGGCCUGUUCCAAAUACUAGGAACCGGUCCCAAUACUAAAUUUGAAUGGACGCCAAGGACAAUUUUUGCAGCUGCCCUAGCUUGCGUGUGUGCACUGCUGGCCAACAGUGCUGGCAUCGGAGGAGGGCCAUUCUACGUGCCCCUUCUGAACGUGGUCCUGGGCUUCGACUUGAAAGCCGCAACUGGCCUGAGCCACACGAUUGUUGCGACGUCAGCAGUGGCGAGUUCGAUAUAUGGUCUGAUCCAAACGCACCCAAACGACCCCAGCAGGCCCCUGGUGGACUUUGAUGUGGCCCUCACCUUCAUCCCUGCCCUGUUGCUGGGCGUCAGCUUUGGUGUGCUGCUGAAUGUGCUCGUGCCGGACUGGCUGCAGACUGCGCUGCUGACUGUGCUGCUGCUGUUUGUGAUAAACAAAACGGUGCGCAAGGGCAUCACCCAGUGGCGCCAGGAGCAGAAGGCCAUCAAGCAGAAACGCAGCGCCGCCCAGCAGGAUCUUGGUGAUGAGGACGAUGAGGAGGGUGUGCUCCACGAAGAGCGAUUCGAGCGCAACCCCAGCAAGAGAUUCAGCGCCCCCCACAGCUCAGUGCACCAGCUGCAGACCACGCUCUCCCAAAUCUUCCACCGCCUGCCCUUAUUCAAGGCAUUGCGUAAGGUGUGCGAGACUUGUGUGCAGAUGGCGGCGGUGGUGGCUCUUUGGGCGGUGUUUCUGGCGUUCCAGCAGCUGAAGGCGCGGUACCCAAACUGCACAUGGCAGUACUUCACCAUCUUUGCCGCCCAGGUCAUCUUCCUGCUCUCCGUCACCGCCUUCUGCAUCUGGUAUGAGGCAAAGAAGGCAGCGGGUCCGCACGCUGAUGAGAUGGAUCCGGAACUGAGGACAGUCAUCCUGGGCGAGCAGAGCGACUCUGAAACACCCAUUGGCACGGCGGAUACAUACAAGAGGCUGGCCAAGGUGGUGGGAGUGAUGGCCUUUGCUGGGUUCACGGCCGGGCUGCUGGGUAUCGGAGGCGCCCUCAUCUUCAACCCCGUGCUGCUGCAGCUGGGCGUGCAACCCCAGGUGACUGCUUCGACAUCGGUGCUGAUGAUCCUGUUCACCUCGUCGGCCAUCGCGCUGUCCUUCUACUUCCAGGGCCUGCUCAACACCAGCUACGCCCUCGUCCUCGCACCCCUCUGUUUCGUUGCCUCCCUCAUAGGAGUGACUGUGGUGGGACGCAUCAUCAGGGCUUCUGGACGAGUCAGCAUCAUCGUGCUGCUGCUGUCAGCUCUCAUCAUCGCAGGGACGGUGCUGACGGCUUUCUUUGGGGGCAUCCGCGCGGUCAAUGACAUCAGGGAUGGGGCGCCGAUUGGAUUCAAGCCUUUCUGUGAUUGA